AUGAAAGGGUUUGAGAAAGGAUACUGUCAGAACCGUAGGUGUUACGGUUGGACAGGUAACGUGGAGCGUAUCAUGAAAGCCCAGGCACUUGGGGAUAACUCAACAAUGGGCUACAUGAUGGCCAACAAGCACCUGGAGGUCAACCCCGACCACCCCACUGUGGAGACUCUGCGGCAGAGGGCGGAAGCAGACAAGAACGAGGAGGCUGUCAAGGACCUUGUGGGGUUGCUGUUUGAAACUGCGCUGCUCUCUUCCGGCUUCUCACAUGGGGACCCCCAGACCCACUCCAACCGCAUCUACCGCAUGAUCAAGCUCGGCCUGGGCAUUGAUGAAGAUGAUUUGUCAGCAGAAGAACCCAGUGCUGCUGUUCCUGACGAGACCCCCCCUCUUGAGGGUGAUGCGGAUGCCUCUCGCAUGGAAGAAGUAGAUUAG